ACUGAACUAUCUUAGAGACUUUGUAUUGUAAAAUGUUAUUCACCUGUUAGUUGUACUACUUAUUGUGCAUUAUGUGGUUUGCACUGUACCCCUUUAGACAAGAAGUGACCAUUGUAUUGUAAAUGUAAUUUUAUUUAUUUAUUUCGUGUUUCUUAAAUAUUCAUGGAUCCGUGUUUUGAUGCAGAGACAGAGCGUAGGUAGUCAGUGAGCAAGAAAUCUAUGGCGGGAUCCUCUAGUACAGGCUUUCCAUGGACACCUGCAACGAUCGCUAUAGCACUUAAUGCCUCCUUACAGGUUGUGCGCGAAGGAAACGAUGAUCCGUUAAAGGAGAACAACAUAAUCCAAGCCGUGGCGAAAUUGCAUGCAAGACCCAUAUGUUCUAGGUUAACCGCGCCACUCCAAUGUGUAACCACCGAGGACCUUAGGGCCCUCUUGUAUCACCGGCGUCAAAUGUAUCUGAGGGUCCGCGAACUGGCCGACCAUCCUUCUGUGAUAGGUUUCUCUAGGAGGCAAAGAACGAUAGUAAUGUCGCCAGACCAGUAUGCAUCCCAUAUUCAGGCUUUCCCGGAAGACGAACAGUUGAUGAACAAAGAAAUCUCACACUUCUUGACGAUGUGUAUGCUCUUCGGCGGGGGUGUGAUGCCUGGUUCGCGUAGAAGACGACGACAGUCAGCGAAUCAAAGGGGUACAGAGGCGACCUCUACGAAUCAUCCAGAUAAUGACGAGGACAAAGACGAUGACGAUUUCAUGCCCCCCAUGCCUAGACGUUCGAACAGAAAUACAGGAGAAAGUUCUAGGAACACUGCAAGAGGACGUUCACGCACAACAUCGAGAUGCCAUACAACUGAUAGGGAAAUAGGACGUGGUACCACCUCGGAGAAACCUCAAGAUGAUGACGACGACGACGAUUUCAUGCCACAACGACCCCGCCCUCUGAGGCUUCCAUCUCCGGAGGACACCGAUGACCCUGAAAAUGAUGAUGGAUUUGCUCGUACUCAUUUUUACAACUUUCUAGAACCACCUCGGAGACGACAACCAUCUUACCCGGAUAGCUUUGACCAUCGCACCUGGAAUUCUUACGCUAAUUUGCGUCGCCACUUUCCUUCGCCCUAA